UCGACUACGUAGAUAUUCUGUGGCUAAUUUUUCUCACUUUUUAUCCACGUAACCGCGACCCUCCUUCGAUGUGUCCCGUUAUCAUUUCGCAGAAGCGUUCAUUUCCGCACCUGCCACGGUAGUGCUCGGGCGGCACGGUACAAACGAACUAGAGGAGGAGGCAAGGACAUUGUGGAAGCGUCGGAGCAAUAGCAGGGAGAGCUAUAGAAACGGCCGCCAGUUGAUAACGCAGAGGCUCCGAGUGAUUUAGAUCAAAUUGGCGAAAUGCUGCUGACAAAAUUCGUUGUGGGUUUCAUCUGCUUGUCCUUGGUGUCCUCUGUGAUGGGCUGUGGACCAGGCAGAGGCUACGGGAGGAGAAGACAUCCGAAGAAGCUUUUACCUCUGACGUACAAGCAGUAUAUCCCAAACGUCGCGGAGAAGACCCUAGGGGCAAGUGGCAGAUACGAAGGCAAGAUCACACGGAACUCCGAGCGAUUUAAAGAACUGACUCCAAAUUACAAUACCGACAUUAUAUUCAAGGAUGAAGAGAACACAGGUGCGGACAGGCUUAUGACUCAGAGAUGUAAAGACAAGCUGAACUCGCUGGCCAUCUCUGUCAUGAACCAGUGGCCCGGGAUAAAGCUGCGCGUGACAGAGGGUUGGGACGAGGACGGACACCAUUCCAUGGAGUCGCUCCACUACGAGGGAAGGGCAGUGGAUAUCACCACGUCUGACAGAGACAAGAGCAAAUACGGCACGCUCUCCAGACUUGCGGUGGAAGCCGGAUUCGACUGGGUCCACUACGAGUCCAAAGCCCAUAUUCACUGUUCCGUCAAAGCAGAAAACUCUGUAGCUGCGAAAUCGGGAGGCUGCUUCCCAGGUUCUGCAUCAGUUACCCUUCAAGAUGGAAGUAGGAAGUCUGUUAAAGAUCUCAAAGUUGGCGACAAAGUGCUGGCUGCCAACACCGAGGGGGAGCUCGUUUACACCGAUUUCAUCAUGUUCAUUGACCAAGAUUCGACAACCAGAAGAAUGUUUUACGUGAUAGAGACUAAAGAAGCGACUCAGAAAAUUACCCUCACUGCUGCGCAUCUCCUCUUUGUUGUCAGCAACUCAACGACUGACCUGCACACGAUGUCAGCAGUAUAUGCCAGCAAAGUCAAACCUGGGCAGAAGUUGGUGGUAUUUGAUGAUUCACAUAACCAACUCAAGUCUGUGACAGUGGAACGGAUUUACAUGAAAGAGUACGAAGGGUCAUUUGCUCCAGUUACUGUACAAGGAACCGUCGUGGUGGACCAAGUGCUUGCGUCGUGUUACGCAGUAAUUGAAGACCACAACUUGGCGCACUGGGCCCUCGCGCCAGUUCGGUUCAGCUACUGGCUUUCUUCUUUGCUUUUCGCUAAAGACUACACCGAGCCCAACGCCACCGUGCACAAGGACGGAGUGCACUGGUAUUCUAAGAUUCUAUAUCAAUUAGGAACGUGGCUCUUGGACAGUCACUCGAUCCAUCCACUUGGGAUGUCAAUAAUCUCCAGUUGAAACGUCAUAGCCUAUGGCAAGAGCAAACUGAGACUAAUGUAGGACAAUAAACAAUAGUAGAAUAAAAAGACAAAGGCCCCAGCG